CAGUGUAAUUCAGUCCGUCAUUUUGUUCAUUUGCAAACGCAGUUGUGUGAAGGGGUCCGGGGCUCGGCUAGGCUGCCCGAGAGGACCAGGGGCCAGGACCCAGAAAAAGGCGAGAAGCCCUGCUUACAGCGGUCCCACGGUCCCCGCGAGGCCCCCCCGCAAGGCCGGGGCUCGGACUUUGUCCUUCCUGCCGGGAGGAGGAGCCACGAAACUCGUGGCCUGGGGCUGGGCAGCGAUGGCGGCGGUGCUCAUCCGGGAGGCCACGGAGGGAGACUGUGGGGAUAUCAUGAAGAUGAUUCGGGAAUUAGCGGAGUUUGAGAAGCUCUUAGAUCAAGUCAAGAUCAGCGAAGGAGCCCUGAAAACUGAUGGCUUUGGUGAAAAUCCUUUUUAUCACUGUCUGGUGGCUGAGAUUCCUCCAGAGUCCAGGGAACCCCAGGGUUCCACCGUGGUGGGUUAUGGCCUCUACUAUUUCACCUACAGCACGUGGACAGGACGGAAUGUGUACCUGGAGGAUAUUUAUGUGAUGCCAAAAUACCGGGGUCAGGGGAUUGGUUCCAAGAUUAUCAAGAAAGUGGCUGAGGUUGCCCUAGAGAAAGGCUGCUCCCAGUUCCGGCUAGCUGUCCUUGACUGGAAUGAAAGUGCCAUGGACUUCUACAAGGCUAGAGGGGCCAAAGAUCUCACUGUAGCAGAAGGCUGGCGUUUCUUUAGAUUUGACAAUGAGGCAAUGAGAGAGCUGGUGAGGAUGUGAGAUGGGAUGUAACCUUUAGAAUCCAGAUUAUUUCCUUUAGAACUUCUUUUGUCCUCAGUUCUUAUUCAGGUACAAUGAAGUCCUGUUUCUGUGGGUACCUAUUUCAAGGGAGGGGGAAAGGGUUGGGAAUCUAAAUGUUUUAAAGUAAUUAAAAAAUGCCAAUAUCACAAAAGAAAA